CCUCUUUCCUCCCCUUUAAGUGGUUUGCGCUUGAUUUCGGCUUGGUUUUUAAAGGCAGUGUCGCUUUUUUUUUUAAUCUCGUCAGACUUUGCCUCCUAGGUUACCAAAUCCUUCUGCGGACGUGAUGGGGGAGAUAACCGGUUAUCGCUGGCUGUUUAUUGGGUGAAUUGUUGAAACAGUACAGACCCUUGAAGAGUCUGAGGAACGAAGGCCUCGGAGCCAGGGGGCCCUGCACUGUGUGUAAUCCGGAAAGCUACGCUUUGGUCAGGCCAUAGCGCCUAACAAAGAUCGAGGAUUCAUCAGGGGGGCCCCUUUUCCUUCUUCAGAUUUACCUUCGAUAUACGGAGAAAAUGCCGACCAACUUGAAGUUGAUUUAACGCAAGAAGUUUGUGACUUUGUGUUUUUUUUUCGUGAAUGUUAAAAGGUUAUACUGUUAAAGUUUAAAGGGCCAUGUUUUAGACUGUUCGCCAGCGAGAUAGGAUUUCUUUAAAAUGGUUAGCCUAUCAAGUACAGGAGCCGCAAAACCGAGAAUAUUCCAAAGACUUUUAAAGUGAUUAAAUAUUUAAAGAACGGGCAGGCCGCAACUCUCAGUUGAAUGUUGAAAAGCCAAAUGGCCGAUUUGCGUGUCUGUAAAUACGCAUGUUUUAAAAACACUCUAAGCAAUAAUAAGCAAGGAAGAGUACAGUAUAUACCAAAGCAACUUUAAAAAAAAAAUAUUCAGCGAGAGUAUAUACACAACGCGUUUUAGAAACGUUGCUUCUAUUGAGUUAAUGAUUUACUGUAAAUGACAGAUGAUUUUAUAGUUUGAGUUUCUGUUAAUAAGAUUAAAAUGCUAGAUGUUUAUAUGUGAUAUUAAGCACAAGGGAAAGGUAAUUAUUAAGCCGAGUAGAUCAGAUAACGAAUUGCGUUUUUGCAAAGGUUGAAUGAAUUAUUACUGUGUUCACAAUUAAAGAAAACGAGAAAGAGUAAGUUGUUAGGCAAGCCUUGAACGUACGACUGCUUUACACACAAAAGACGCAUGAAUCGGUAUGGUGAAAGGGAAGCUAACGUUUUUGUGCUGUUAUUAAUAUUCCUAAACGUUUUCCAUUUUUUUUUAAACUUCUAGCGACUUGCUAGCCAGGUCUCCGCCUUGUUUAACCGAAAGGCGAGCGUUGACUUAUUUUUACGUUAAUAAGGUAUUUUGAGCAUAGUUUUCAGUUGUCUAGCGAGGAGUGACCUGAAAUUGUAAUAGACACACUUUCCUUAUAUAUACAUUUAUUAUUAGUAUAUUUUUUUACGGUGUUCCAUUAUUUUUAAGCUGAGUUUAUUACAGCGUAUCUGUCAUUGACUAGACACAUCCAAGUUGUAAAUAGUAUAGAUAGCAACCGGGCGAUCACAGGAUUACCUUUAAAUAUUUUUUUUUCCUCUCGUCUUUGGUAAAUAAAAUGAGAUUACAUUUUUUAUUCGCCUGAAUGUCUUAGAAAUUUUGCAUGCACAAGCUGUGCCUCUGCUUGUGAAUGAGUUGAAGUUUAGAAGAGUUAAAAUUGGGCCCCUCAGUAGGAUGUUCAGCUCCUUUUAUAAGUUAGAAAAGAUUUUUUUAAAGGAUAUUUUUUAGUUUCUAUGUCUUUGCUCUUUUUUUUUUUUUUUGGACUUGGAAAUAACCGUGAAGCGAUGGAAGGGAUUAGAACCACAUGGAUUAUAAUAAACAUUUAAAUUCUGAAGACGCGCUUUGGAGUUCAAGAAGCCAGCAUUUCUUGGCCUUUUUAUCAUCCUCGUACCUGGGAUUAAUGACACUGAACCUGGAUGCACACGCUCGCUUACCUGGAGGGGUGUUGUCUUAAACUGGCAUCACAUCAGUUCAACAUCCUGAUCAUCAGUGAGCACAAAGAUGCCAUCGGGUUCAGGUAGCAGUGGUACCACACGUAAAUUCAAACCGAGCAAAUACAUCCCUGUGUCUGCAGCAACAACGUUCCUUGUGGGAUCCACUUCCCUGUUCUUCGUUUUCACGUGCCCUUGGUUAACCCAGACCUUCUCUCUUGCAAUUCCCAUCUACAAUGGCAUCAUAUUUCUCUUUGUGUUGGCAAACUUCAGCAUGGCUACCUUCAUGGACCCUGGAAUUUUCCCUAGAGCUGAGGAAGAUGAGGAUAAAGAAGAUGAUUUCCGUGCUCCUCUUUACAAGACCGUGGAGAUAAAGGGAAUCCAGGUCCGAAUGAAAUGGUGUUCCACCUGCCGUUUCUACAGACCACCUAGAUGCUCACAUUGCAGUGUAUGCGACAAUUGUGUCGAGGAGUUUGAUCAUCACUGUCCCUGGGUGAAUAACUGUAUCGGGCGAAGAAAUUACCGGUAUUUCUUUCUGUUCUUGUUGUCACUGACAGCUCAUAUCAUUGGAGUUUUUGGGUUUGGGCUUCUAUUCAUAUUAUACCACAUGGAUGAACUUCGAAUGGUUCACUCAGCUGUCACAAUGGCAGUCAUGUGUGUUGCAGGAUUGUUUUUUGUUCCAGUGGCUGGCCUCACUGGUUUCCAUAUUGUAUUGGUAGCAAGAGGCAGAACUACUAAUGAACAGGUAACCGGUAAAUUCCGUGGUGGGGUCAAUCCUUUUACUAAUGGCUGCUGGAAAAAUGUCAGCCAUGUUCUCUGCAUUUCACAGGCACCCAGGUAUCUUGGGCGUCCACGCAAGGAGCAGACAGCAGUUGUGAAACCCCCUUUCCUCAGACCAGAAUUCUCUGAUGGACAGAUAACUGUAAAAAUUAUGGACAAUGGAAUUCAGAAUGAUCUCAAUCCAACAAGGUCCAAAGGCAGUUUGGAAGUUAUGGAGAGUCAGUCGGCCGAUUCUGAACCACCUCCUCCUCCCAAACCUGAACUUCGCUACCCAGGCCUUAGAGCACAACUGACAUUGAAUACCACUGAGGAGAGUAGCUUGCUGUCCCAAAAUGACAAUCCCCCUACUCCUACCAUGUACAAAUAUAGACCUGCAUACAGCAGCCCGGGGAAGAACCAGACCAGCACAAAGAUGAUGAGGGGUGACAGUUUAAAAGAGCCACCUUCAAUAUUAGAAAGCAGCCAGCAUCAUAGUUAUCGCUCUGAACCAAGCCUUGAUGCAAUCAACUCUCCCGCCACAGGUGGUAUGGGUCUUGACAAUGGAGGUGCAUCAUCAGGAGGUGGAGGAGGUAUGGCCUCCAGCUAUGGGGUAGGUGGACGUUCAUACCCGUCAUUCCAAGAUCCUUUGUCUGGAACUUCAAGGUCCUCCAGCCUCCGCUCAACUCAUGCCAAUCUAGGAGGUGCUGGAGGAUUUGAAAUGGGGGCACUAGCUUCUGUGCGCUCGGAAGGCACAACAUCCACCAGCUACAAGAGCUUAGCUAAUCAAACCCCACGUAAUGGAAGCUUGUCUUACGACAGCCUGCUUACACCGUCGGAGAGCCCAGAAUUUGAAUCUGCAGCACCUGAGCCUCCUUUUGGAUCCCAGAAUCCAGCAACUGGAUAUAACUCUCCAUUUUUAUCUGCACAGAUAGCUCAGCAACGAGAAGCAGAACUGCAUCCUAGUGUAGGUUUCCAAACCAAAAGUCUGGGCUCACCACAUAGAAGUGAAAAGCAAACAAGAGCUCAGUCCCCAGUGCGGUAUGACAACCUUUCACGGCACAUUAUGGCCUCCAUGCAGGAACGGGAACGCCUUCUGGAUUGUGAGGAUUCUGAAGUUUUCAAUGAACAACAUGGGAGCCCAUCUCAUCCUCCAGUUCCACACCAACGGCCACCAAGAUUUGGGAGGCCCCCUCUUUCCUCACCCACAGAGGGUGCACCCCACCAUUCCUCACUCAGGGCUCGCUCAUUGGGUUCACCGGACCUUCCUCCUCCACCACACACCUCAGCUCACCAGCAACUUGGUCAUAAUUCUACUCAGUUUCAUCAUCACCACCACCACCACCAUCAUACAGGAUUAGGAAAGUCAUUGUCGUACAGCAGCAGCUCACGCAUUGCGUCUCCCAGUGAAGGGGUGACCAGCACUUUCCAACUGAGUGGCAGCUCCAGUAACGUGAUCCAUGCUCCCAAAGACGAAGUCCAAAUGAGAGCUCACGGCAAGUUGAAUGGGCAACCCAAGCACUUCUUCUCUCACUCUCAUCCUCCUCAUCCUGGGAGUCAUGUGCCAGCCAGAGCCCCAGAUAGCAUCAGCAACAUGUCUUCAUCUCCUACAAGUCCUGGCCCUCGCCCGAUUGCCUCUGGGUCAUCAAAUCACAGUACUCCUUCUCUGAGUCCUACUAGAGGUCCAGGAGGUGGAGGAGGUGGUGUCAAGAAAGUCUCUGGUGUCGGUGGGACUACUUAUGAGAUUUCUGUAUGAGAGGCCAGGAAUUUGCUGGUAGAGGGAAGAUGCAGCUACACAGUGUUGGAGAAACCAAGGAGAAAAAAAAAACUAGCCAAGAGCUCGUGUGGCUCAUUGGGCAGUUACCUCUCUGAUGCCUAUAACUAUUUUAAUACAAGACUGAAUAUGUUCAGUAUCAGUUAAAUUUUGCCAAUCCAUCCAUGAUUUGUAACUUGGCAUAGCAUAACUCGGUAGCAGUUUGGAGAGUCCACAUGCCCUCUUUUCUUUUGGACUUCCUGUUCAUUUCAUUUACUGUGUGGGCAGAACUGAGGGGCGAUGUUUGUAUGUUUUUGUGUUUUUUAGUUUUACCAUGCAGGUAAAAUUUAAAAAUGGGCAUCUACCCAUACAUUCUACAUGCCUUGAAGGUGUGAAUGAUCUUGGUUUAACCUGAAUUGGAAUUAAAUUAAAACAUUUUCUGUUAAAUACCUGACCUUUAAGAUUAAGGGCAAAAUAAACUGCAAAGAUCUGUGGGAAGCAGUGUGCAAGAAAAGACAUUAGCAGUGUAGGUCUGGGGCAACUUUGGACACUGGGAGCUGUUUCAGGUGGUGUAAAUAUUUUAUGACCAAAUAGUGAGUGAGGCAUAAGCAGAUUUUAAGGACAUUUGAGAUCAACAUGCAGGGCUUGGUAUAUGAAAAUUUUACUUUCUAUUUUUAGAAGACCGUGUUGAUUGAAAUAUUUAUUUGCCUUUGCAAAAUGAAAUUUUUUCAGGGGAAAGAAGAAAAAAAAAAAAAAACUGAACACCCUGGAAGCAUUAAUAAACAAUGUCUCUGCAGCCUUCAGUAUUACUGAAAUUGAUUUCUCAGCUGAAUAUUUUUUCGACAGAAAUGCAGUUUCAAAAUGAAUGUGAUACAAGUUUAGAAGCCCUGCGCCAUUUGGAGCAAAGGCCAUAGUGAGUAGGUAAAUUUUUCAGUUUGACCAUUUUAUAAACUGUGUGCCUCUGAGAUCUAGAAUGAAUGUCUUUCCAUGCCUGCUGCACUGAAGCAGUAUGUAGUCCCUGGUAUAGAUUACUCCGUUGGCUUGGCUCCUCCAAACCACCAUAAUAUUUUGUGUAAAAUCAUUGUCCAAUGUCAACAGCUCCAACAAGUUGCCUUACAGUGACACAUACCCAAAAGGUGUGUAUUGACAUCUGUGUUUCUGCAACAGGAGUAUCCUGAUGGCGAAGCAGUAUCUUCCCAAAGUUUCUUUGAAGUGAUUGUUCUUUCCUUUCCCUAGCAAGAUGCACUAUACAGGCAAAGUGUUCCCCAUAUCCCUGAUUGUGUCUAAUAAUUCAGCAUGCAAUUAGCUGAUGUCUCCAAAUAGACUUGCCUGGAAUGGCCUCUAUGCAGUAAUUAUCAAGGUGUGUGUAUGUGUGUGUUUUUCUUUUGUAUGAGAGACAUUAGUAAGCACUGUCUUAUGUAUACAGUUAUACAUAUAUUGUGUCUGGACAGAGUGGUUUUAUAGACUAAAGGACCAUAAGUGUGUUAGCAAAUAUUACAGUACGAGAUUAUGGUGGUUUUGGGUGUGUCUCUCACCCCCUUCCUGCUCGCAUAUUGUUUCUUCUACCAUUAACUUAAUAUAGCCCAUUAUGACUGUAAUUUGAGGUCUCUACCCAGAAACUUAAACUUAGCACAUUAAAUUUGGCCCUUUUUAAGGCAGUCAAAAUAAGAAUAUCCAAAUACUUUUUUAAUGUACAUUUUAUAUUGCAGCUGCUAGCCUAAAGGGCACACACUUGUAUUAUUGAAUUUUUUAGUGAAAAAAAAUGCAUGUUUGGGUCAGGUUACAGUAGUAAUAACCCUAAAGUUGAAUAAUACUGACCUGUGCCAUUUGUCACUUUUUCAGAAAUUUAAAAAUUUUGUGUUUAUUCUGAUAACAAAAUAGCUUAAGCAUGUCUCCUCUUUGAUAAUAAGACAUGCUCAAAAUUUUAAUUAUUUGCAUGAUUUAAAAAAUAGUCCCAAACCCAAAAGAAUCAGCUGCGGGUAGCUGAAGCAAACCACAACAUCAUAUUUUGUUUGGCUUUGUCUAAUCUUAAAAGACCCAGUAGACAGUUGCUUACUAGGCUUAUCUGUAAGGAUACCUUUCAGUUUUUAAACUUGUCUGUCUUCUUCCCUGAACAUAUCUUUCUCUUUUUGCAAUAAAAUCACAGCCAGUCAGACACAGAUCUUCAAAGUGAAGACUUUCUUCUCUGUUUAAUAGUGACUGUAAAACUUAUACCUUUCACAGUUAAAGGUAAAACUGCUACCUUCAACCCCAUAAACCAACAGUCAGGAACAGAGAGAGAGAGAGAGAGGCAGUAUCCAGUAUGCAUAUUAAUUGUUCAUAUAAAUGGAAGGUUCAAAAGUAGUGCAUUUAAAAGUAUGGCAUCAGCCCUAUGAUACAGAGAAUUGCUAUUCAGACAUAAUGGAUAAUGAAGGUUGUAGUGUGUUUGAACUUUUGUAUUGUUCCCUUAUAACCAAGAACAUUGAUAGUAAUGCUUUUUUCAUCCAGAUAUGUAUAAGUUCUGGGUGCUGCACUUGUUUGAGUAGCAGUAAGGCAUCUGUGGCCAAUUAAAUUUUCAAAUAAGGUUUGAAAACCUUUGCCAGGUUUUUAAAACAUUUUUUUUUUAAUAUCUGUCAUAUGACACUCAAAUCCCGACCCUGAACCACUGUGUUUCAGUGCAUCACAGUGUACCUGUCUGUAGAUUUAGAGGAGAGAGUAAGGCACUAUAUGAAUCACACAGAUAAGUGGCUGUCAAUUUUAAUGGAGAAGAAGCCAUGGGAAGAGGCUCUCUGAGCCUCAUGUGCGUGCUGCCCUCACUGUUCCUUUGCUCUACAUUAAUUGUUUUCUGGUUCACUACUUACUUUCUGGUUGAAAUGUCUGUCUGCAGUGUCUGUUAAAGGGAGUGACCAGCAUGUGUGUGUGAUGCCACCUUGAUGAGGCUGGGUACAUAAUAAAGUUGUCCCAGGUGGAGCGAAUGAACGAAAUGCACCAUCAGAGACUGUUCAGAAGUUUGCUGCUUCCCCAAUCCGGGUUUAAAAAAAUAUGUAAAUUUCUCCUCCAGGCUGCCAACACUUGUAUCAGUUGUAUUUUAGCUGUUCCAAUAUGUGUUUGCCAUAUCUGCUUGAGGUGGGGACUCCAAUCAAUUUCUGAUCCAAGACAGUUGUACUUGAGGCUUAUCUUGUAUUUCAUCCCGUAAAUUGACUGCAGUUGUAUGAGUUGGGUGCUGUGUGGGUGACUUUAGGUGUCCCAUGCAUGCCAUUGUGGACAGAAGUGCAUUUAGAAAACACUUCACUCUGUCCAAAUUUAAUUCACGCCAAAUAAACAUGCACUAAAUCUGAAAGCAGAAGGGCACUACAGUGUGGCAACAUUAUUUUUUGUUUUGUAAUUGUGGACUUUGCACAGCUGCAUGUGUAUUACCUGAAUGGAAACAGUUCCUCACCAGAGUUGUAGCGUAAUAUUUUUGAUGGCAUACUCUGGCAGUUGGAAGCUGCAGGUUUCAGGUUUUGGACUGCUGCAGUUAAAGAUGGAAAAAAGAUUUUGAGGGUAAAUUUGAAAAUAUACACUGUGAUGUCUUGAACUGGCCCCCGUGACCAGUCUGAAAUGGGGCUUUAUGCUGUUGGUCCUGUGUCUCCUCGUUUCCCAUCUAUCAAUCAAAUGGACUUAUUUUCUCACAGUGGGAUCUUUCUAAUAUUUUUAUUUUAUGAAUAUGUUUAAACGGUUAUUUUAUUAUUUUUUCAGGGGUGGGGAAAUGUAAUUAAAAUGAAUGGACAAGUGCAAUCAAUAUAGCCACAAUAUCUUAUUAUUGAUAAUAAAAUGGGAAAAAAGAGAAUGGA